UUAUAAAAGGUUGUGAAUCUAAGCAAUAUGAAAAUUAAUAAGAAUCAUAAUGGUGGAGAGCAAAAUCUUCAGAAUUUAGUUAAAUCGCCUGCAUUACCGGAUUUAACUCCAGUCGUUAGAAAUAGGGGUUCUAUCAAGUUGAAACCAGAACUCGGUGAAAUUUCUUUUCAACUUGCCCUGGAAAAGGAAUUUAUUAAUAGUAUUAACUGCGAUCUUAAAAAUUCAAAUAACGAGUUUUUAAAGUCUUUUAAAGAAUUUCGUAGCAUUUUAAGCAGUGUAGAGGAAAUGCUUGAAAGCAAAAGAAAAGCCUUAAAAGCUAUUGCCAAGAACAUGAAAAAUUUGGUUUCGGCUUCUGAAGUUAUGCUACAGAAUGAAACUUCUUUUGCCAAAGAAUUAUCAACAUAUGGAACUCUUCAACUCACUCUUGGUGGCUCCAAACUUCACGAAUCUUACUUGUCAUUUUCGCAAAAAAGUGAGGAAUUGGUCGAUCUCCGACACUUAUUUGUGAAACAAGCAUUGUCGAGAGCUUGCAACGCCCUUGACGAGUUGAUGAGGGUGUAUGGUUCUGACCUGGAUUACAAGAGAAAAUUUGAGAAGGCUAUAACCAGGUGGAAACACAAACGAGGUGAAAGGGGAGAGGUUGACUUAAAGGAAGAGAAGGCUCUACUGCAGCUGGCAACCUGCGAGUAUUUGCUCAGCCUCAAAGACUUAAAGGCUAAAAAUGAGCUUUUUUUCCUGUUAACUUUGACGGAUCUGUACGACUCUCAGCUAAAGUUUUUUGAGCUCGGCUAUCAAUCUCUUAAACAACUUGAGCCUUUCUUAAAAAACCUUUCGCUAGAUCUUGAGCAGGAGAACUUAGUUUAUCUCAACGAACGCCAAGACUUGCUGGCGCUCCAGAAAAAACUGUCGGGUAGUAAAUUUUUUUCUUCUGUGAUCUUUAAUGCAGUUUUUGCUUUAGACAAACUGGGCCGUCUUCAGCCGGAGCUAUCUAGCGUCCUCCAUACUGAACACGCCUCUAAGGAAACCUGCGGGUGGGUAUACCAGCGCCACCAUAAGAACUUCCGCGUGUGGAAGAAGCGCUGGUGCUCUGUUUCCGGGGAGCUGCUAAGCUUAUCGAGCUCCUGGGACUCCAGUAGCUUCCGGUCGAUCUCCCUUAUAACUUGUACGGUACGCGAUGAAGCUCAAAAGGACAGGCGCUUUUGCUUUCGGCUGAUUUCCUUGCGGAAAAGUUACAUUUUCUCCGUGGCUUCUGAGGCGGAACAGAAGUCCUGGGUGGAGGGUAUCAGAAAUGCAAUCAAUGAGUCUAUUACUGCGGCAUCUGCCCGCCAGAACCGCGGUAACGAGAAAGACGCUCAGGAAACUUUGCUAGAGAACGCCAGGUUACGGAAUGAGACGGCCACGCUUCCCGGGAACGGAGAGUGCGCGGAGUGUGGAGCCAAAAACCCAGUCUGGGUCUCUCUGAAUUUGGGGAUAUUCCUGUGCAUUGCGUGCUCCGGCAUCCAUCGGGAAAUGGGCGUCCACAUAUCGAAGAUUCGCUCGUGGUACCUCGACAAGCUGAGAGUUCCCGAUCUUUUUAUAUUGAAGGCUAUAGGAAACUUCACGAGCAACAGAGUCUAUCAAGCCCGCCUCGCUGCACCGAUGUUGAACGAAAAGUCAUGCAUGCAAACUCGAAAGAAAUUUAUCUAUGCCAAGUACCUUUACAAGAAAUUUCUACCCGCUUCUACCUGGAAUGAACAUUGGCUGGUGCUGUCCCUUGACUCUGUGAAGGCGGAGGAUGUUUACUUAUUACUGCUGUUACGGGCACACAACAAAGACCUGACCACUCCGAUUCCCGUCGCCUUGGUUGAACAAGUCCUCUCUAUCCGCCUGUUUGGAACUUCCCGCUUCUGUGAAGUGAAAUCCCUGCCACUUCGCCGGAAAUAUUAUGAUACCUCGUGCUCGUUACGGCCAAUUAAUUCAUUGCCCCCCACCCGUCCGGCUACAACAGCGGGCCCCUCGACUUUUUUGCGCGAGAAAGAUAAAGUCACGGGCCUGCACCUCGCGGCAACUCUAGGCUUGACCGUACUAGUGCUGUUCUUCGUAAAGGGCUGCGGCCAGGACGUCGAUGUGCGGACGCCUAAAGGCUUGAACACACCCCUGCAUUUCGCCGCGGUCGGCCAGCACGUCGAAACUGUGAAGAUGCUGCUGCUAUGUAACGCCAAUGUCAACAUUGAGAAUGGUCAAGGAAAGACCCCCAGAGACCUAACCAUCGAAUGCUUUGCUCGCCAGGGCGUUGACGGGGGUGGAGAGGCAAUCGAGGACACCACAGAGACGGACGACUCGAAUGAUGGCUUAAGACAUCAGGAGCAUAGCGGGAAAGGCAAAGUACUCAAGUCGGCCAAGCAAAUUGCUCAACUGGUGGCGGGAGAGGGCGGCAGGUGCUGUUCAAUCAAUAUCAAAAGCUGGGGCGCAGCCAAUGAGUACUUGAAAGAACACUUCAAUAAACUGGAGUCCGUGCGGCAAGACCCGUCUCCUGUCUCUUUUCGAAAAUUUCCUCGAAUAAAAGAGGCUUCAAAGUAGACACCCGCUCUACAGAUCUGAAUGGUGAGCGGUUAUUGUUGGUCAGUUAGCAUCCUGCGCCGCCCUCUCAGUUGGUUUCUUAGUUGCGGCGUAUACACCACCAUUACCAGCAUUUUUGCUGCUAAUAGCAAAUAAAAGAAAUA